CCACCUAAGUGCGUGGCACCACCUGAUGGAAGAUUUGAUGGACAUGGACAUGAGCCCACUGAGGUCCCAGAACUAUCUUUUCAGUUGUGAACUAAAGGCCGACAAAGAUGAUCACUUUAAGGUGGAUAAUGAUGAAAAUGAGCACCAGUUAUCUUUAAGAACAGUCAGUUAAGGGGCUGGUGCAAAGAAUGAAUUGCACAUUGUUGAAGCAGAGGCAAUGAAUUACAAAGGCAGUCCAAUUAAAGUAACACUAGCAACUUUGAAAACGUCUGCACAACCAAUGGUUUCCCUUGGGGCCUUUGAAAUAACACCACUAGUGGGCUUAUGGUUGAAGUGUGGUUCAGGGCAAGUGCAUGUUAGUGGACAGCACUUAGUAGCUGUGGAGGAAGAUGCAGAGUCAGAAGGUGAAGAGGAGGAGGAUGUGAAACUCUUAAGUAUAUCUGGAAAGCAGUCUGCCCCUGGAAGUGGUAGCAAGAUUCCACAGAAAAUAAAAAUAAAACUUGCUGCUGAUGAAGAUGAUAAUGGUGAUGAUGAUGAUGAUGAAGAUGAUUUUGAUGAUGAGGAAACUGAAGAAGUGCCAGUGAAGAAAUCUAUACAAGACACUCCAGCCAGAAAUGCACAAAAGUCAGAUCAGAAUGGAAAAGUCUCAAAACCAUCAUCAACACCAAGAUCAAAAGGACAAGAAUCCUUUAAAAAACAGGAAAAGACUCCUAAAACACCCAAAGGACCUCAUUCUGUAGAAGACAUUAAAACAAAAAUGCAAGCAAGUAUAGAAAAAGCACAUGGAACAGUCCUGGGCACUACUGGUAAAUUAAGCCCAAAGAUGGGGAGACAGGAAAAGGAGAGACAAAUAUAGUCCAUACUGAGUGUCACCAACAAUCCGGACUGAAGUCUUCUAUUUUAAUCUCAAUCCCCUUUUUUGAUUUGCCACCAUGGCUCUUCAGGCUGG